AACACAAACGGGAAGUCUUUUUAUAUACUUAGCUGUCUCAAAUAAAAGGUAUCAUCUUCAAUAGAUCGUAUAGUCGAAAGCUGCCGUGUUCGACGAAACUUUUAAGUUUCACUUUUGUCACUACCGAUGGCGCCCAAAGGGUUCUGGCGACGACCGCUAACUCUGAUGUAUAACCACAACUACAACUACGGCACGGGUCUCUACUCUAGCGCCUUGGAUGAUAUCGAUAAACGUUACGGCAACUCUUUGUCUAGAAUUCCUUUAGAUGGGGGGCCAAUUAUGGAAUUAGGAUUAAACCUCCCUAUGGACCCUGCUACAAAGAGUCUCUCCACUUUUGGCAAUUUUGACGCAGGCUAUAGUACUUAUCCACUCAAAUUCCACAGCCUGGUUCCUGAACUUGAUCCCCAUACAAUUAAACAAACUCGAUCGUUUGGAGAACUUGACGAUUUUCGCAUCAAAUACAAAACUGAAUGGGACCCUCCGUCCUCCUUCCUUUACUCUCCCUAUCGCUCCUCCUCAUAUGUUGGAGAAAUAACACCAUCCAAGAUCCGCAGAAGACGACAAGCUAAGAAACGCCAAGAGCUCAUUGAACUGGAGAAACAACUUGUGGACAACCUUUCCUCCCAAAUGUUUUAUGGAUCAAUGCCACCGAUGAAGUCUUACGAGUUUUUGGAGAGAUGCCAAGAGGUACAGACGCAGAUUGAGCAGCUGCUAUAUCAUUUCUCAGAAGCUGAGUCUCGCUUGCAGUCGGAUGCCAAGUGGACAAAGAACAAGCUGCAAAUGGAAAUAGCCGAGCUUGGGAUGAUGUUGGAUGAAGAAAUGAGAGUUAACAAGGAAAGCCAGAAAGUAUUUACGAAGCAAGGCUACCGUUUAUCAGAAACAACAACUCAUUUAUUGCCUAUAAAAAGUACUGUUGCCAUUGAUCUUAUCACUUUCUAA